UUUCAAGACCGUGAGAGGUAGAUGGCCAACCAGAGUUCCUAAGGUUCGAAGCCUGUAACUGCUGCCGCCGCUUAAGCCUGCCAAAACACUGGUACGGCUGCCGCACUCUUCUUACUACCUCUAGAAACAUUCUUGCCAGUAGUGGCGGCAGCGGGUCAAUUACCCUCCUCUCGUUCUCCUUCAAGAAGCUCCAGAUGGCGUCUUCCGUGGGCAACGUGGCCGACAGCACAGAACCAACGAAACGUAUGCUUUCCUUCCAAGGGUUAGCUGAGUUGGCACAUCGAGAAUAUCAGGCAGGAGAUUUUGAGGCAGCUGAGAGACACUGCAUGCAGCUCUGGAGACAAGAGCCAGACAAUACUGGUGUGCUUUUAUUACUUUCAUCUAUACACUUCCAGUGUCGAAGGCUGGACAGAUCUGCUCACUUUAGCACUCUGGCAAUUAAACAGAACCCCCUUCUGGCAGAAGCCUAUUCGAAUUUGGGGAACGUGUACAAGGAAAGAGGGCAGUUACAGGAAGCAAUUGAGCACUACCGGCACGCACUGCGUCUCAAACCAGAUUUCAUCGAUGGUUAUAUUAACCUGGCAGCCGCAUUGGUAGCAGCAGGUGACAUGGAAGGGGCAGUACAAGCUUACGUCUCUGCUCUUCAGUACAAUCCUGAUUUGUACUGUGUUCGCAGUGACCUGGGGAACCUGCUCAAAGCCCUGGGUCGCUUGGAAGAAGCCAAGGCAUGUUAUUUGAAAGCAAUUGAGACGCAACCGAACUUUGCAGUAGCUUGGAGUAAUCUUGGCUGUGUUUUCAAUGCACAAGGAGAGAUUUGGCUUGCAAUUCAUCACUUUGAAAAGGCUGUCACCCUUGACCCCAAUUUUCUGGAUGCUUAUAUCAAUUUAGGAAAUGUCUUGAAAGAGGCACGGAUAUUUGACAGAGCUGUGGCAGCUUACCUUCGUGCCCUAAGCUUGAGUCCAAAUCAUGCAGUGGUGCACGGCAACCUGGCUUGUGUAUACUAUGAGCAAGGCCUGAUAGAUCUGGCAAUAGACACCUACAGGCGAGCUAUUGAACUGCAACCACAUUUCCCUGAUGCCUACUGCAACCUAGCCAAUGCACUCAAAGAGAAGGGCAGUGUUGCCGAAGCAGAAGAUUGUUAUAAUACAGCUCUCCGGCUGUGUCCCACCCAUGCAGACUCUCUGAAUAACCUAGCCAAUAUCAAAAGAGAACAGGGAAACAUUGAAGAGGCUGUUCGCUUAUAUCGUAAAGCAUUGGAAGUCUUCCCAGAGUUUGCUGCUGCUCAUUCAAAUUUAGCAAGUGUACUGCAGCAGCAGGGAAAACUUCAGGAAGCUCUGAUGCAUUAUAAGGAGGCUAUUCGAAUUAGUCCUACCUUUGCUGAUGCCUACUCGAACAUGGGAAACACUCUAAAGGAGAUGCAGGAUGUUCAGGGAGCUUUGCAGUGUUACACUCGUGCCAUUCAGAUUAACCCUGCGUUUGCAGAUGCCCACAGCAAUUUGGCUUCCAUUCAUAAGGAUUCAGGGAAUAUUCCAGAAGCGAUUGCUUCCUACCGCACUGCUCUGAAACUGAAGCCUGAUUUUCCUGAUGCUUAUUGUAACUUGGCUCAUUGCCUGCAGAUUGUCUGUGACUGGACAGACUAUGAUGAGCGAAUGAAGAAGUUGGUCAGUAUUGUGGCUGACCAGCUAGAGAAGAACAGGUUGCCUUCUGUGCACCCUCAUCAUAGUAUGCUAUACCCUCUUUCUCACGGCUUCAGGAAGGCUAUUGCUGAGAGGCAUGGAAACCUCUGCUUGGAUAAGAUUAAUGUCCUUCAUAAACCACCAUAUGAACAUCCAAAAGACUUGAAGCUUAGUGAUGGUCGGCUGCGUGUAGGAUAUGUGAGUUCUGACUUUGGGAAUCAUCCUACUUCUCACCUUAUGCAGUCUAUUCCAGGCAUGCACAAUCCUGAUAAAUUUGAGGUAUUCUGUUACGCCCUGAGCCCAGAUGAUGGCACAAACUUCAGAGUGAAAGUGAUGGCAGAAGCCAAUCAUUUCAUUGAUCUCUCUCAGAUUCCAUGCAAUGGAAAAGCAGCUGAUCGCAUCCAUCAGGAUGGCAUACACAUCCUUGUAAAUAUGAAUGGUUAUACCAAGGGUGCUCGAAAUGAACUCUUUGCUCUCAGGCCUGCUCCUAUUCAGGCCAUGUGGCUGGGAUACCCUGGGACUAGUGGUGCACUUUUCAUGGACUACAUCAUCACUGAUCAGGAAACGUCACCAGCUGAAGUUGCUGAGCAGUAUUCUGAGAAACUGGCUUAUAUGCCCCAUACUUUCUUUAUUGGUGAUCACGCUAAUAUGUUCCCUCACUUGAAGAAAAAAGCAGUCAUCGAUUUUAAGUCCAAUGGUCACAUCUAUGAUAAUCGGAUUGUUCUUAAUGGCAUCGACCUCAAAGCAUUUCUUGAUAGUCUGCCGGAUGUGAAAAUUGUCAAGAUGAAGUGUCCUGAUGGAGGAGACAAUGGUGACAGCAGUAAUACAGCUCUUAAUAUGCCUGUUAUUCCUAUGAAUACCAUUGCGGAAGCAGUUAUCGAGAUGAUUAACAGAGGGCAAAUUCAGAUAACAAUUAAUGGGUUCAGUAUUAGCAAUGGACUAGCAACUACCCAGAUCAACAAUAAAGCUGCCACUGGAGAAGAGGUUCCUCGUACCAUCAUUGUAACCACACGUUCUCAGUAUGGGUUACCAGAAGAUGCCAUUGUGUACUGUAAUUUUAAUCAGUUAUACAAAAUCGACCCUUCUACUUUGCAGAUGUGGGCAAAUAUUCUAAAGCGUGUUCCCAAUAGUGUGCUGUGGCUGUUGCGGUUUCCAGCAGUAGGAGAACCUAAUAUUCAACAGUAUGCGCAAAACAUGGGCCUUCCCCAAAACCGUAUCAUUUUUUCACCUGUUGCUCCUAAAGAGGAACAUGUCAGGAGAGGCCAGCUGGCUGAUGUCUGCCUGGACACUCCCCUUUGUAAUGGACACACCACAGGGAUGGAUGUUCUCUGGGCAGGAACACCCAUGGUCACUAUGCCAGGAGAGACUCUUGCUUCUCGUGUUGCAGCUUCCCAGCUCACUUGUUUAGGUUGUCUUGAGCUUAUUGCUAAAAAUAGACAAGAAUAUGAAGACAUAGCUGUGAAACUGGGAACUGACCUAGAAUACCUGAAGAAAAUUCGUGGCAAAGUGUGGAAGCAGAGAAUAUCUAGCCCUCUGUUCAACACCAAACAAUACACAAUGGAACUAGAGCGGCUCUAUCUACAGAUGUGGGAGCACUAUGCAGCUGGCAACAAACCUGAUCACAUGAUUAAGCCUGUUGAAGUCACUGAGUCGGCCUAAAUAAAGACUAUGCACAGGAGAUUGCCCCUAUACCUGAGCCUCAACCUUCUGGGGAAAGGGAACUAGAUAAUGUACUUUUGCUUAUCUGUACGGUAUCAUGUUGCAGAUGGGUGACAAACGAUAAUAGAAUAGCACAGCCAGACUUGCUUCCUGCGUGAUAGGGAGAGACACGAGAUGGGAAACUGCUGUUCCACAAGGAAUCUACACAGAAUUUUGCAGCAACCAGGUGGUGCAUAGGUCUGGAAGGUCUGAUCUCCCUUGGUCUUCCAUGGGAUGGUUAGUGUGGAGGGGAGAUACAGAUUGUCCAGCUGUUUUGUGAUUCCAUGGAUUGAUUGAGUCUUCUGAAUUAAUUUUUUUCUUUAUACUUUGGGUAUUGGAGCUUUUAAAAAUGUUUGGUUUCAGGUAUUUUUAUUCAUGUGAAGUGUAUAUGAUUCUCUUGAGAUAAGGUUUUAAGCUAAAAUGUUGCUCCUUGUUUUAGUUUCUGAACUCUACAAAUUAAUGGGGACUUUGCUGGUGUAGUCUUUUUUAUAGGUUUUAUAAACCACUUGAGCCUAUAUCAGUCGUUUUAGUGUCUGACCUAAUGUUUGGAGCUAUCAGUGCUUUGUUGGUUUAGAUGAUGACUCAAAAAUUUUUUUCUGGUCCGUUUCCCAUUUCCUUCCCUUCCCUUCCCCUCCUUUAAAGUUUCUCCUAUAACUCAGCUAACAAAACGAAGUCUGAUUUUAAAUAUCCCAGAGUGUUUCUCUUAAACACAUCAUCUGGUGCCAAAUGAAAAUUCUUAGGAGUGAUUAUUAAUUAUGCAGGGCAUAGUUGUGGUACUGUCAUUGAUAAUAAUAUAGAUUUUUGGGGGGCCUAGUUUUGACCUAUUUCACCAGUGUUUUACCUUUGACUGCCCCUCUAUGCUGCUUCCAAAAGUGAUAGUGUGUGAUAAGAUUUUU